UAUCCAAUUUCAUAUGUUGGGUCAAGGAAAUAAAAUAUAACGCGAACACACCCGCUUGUUUACUGGGGAGGAUUUAAAAGACUUGGGUUUAUUGAUACGAACAUCACAAAGAAAUACGAUACAUUGAGAGUAAGACGUAUAUUAGCUAUCUACUGUAUGUAUUGUAAGCUAAUUUGAUGGGGAAGUCAGAGAGUUUCGAUUUUCACAACAUUGAGAACAGUUCUAGUAUGAACGAUGUGAGCAGACAGAAAAAGAGCGGGUGCUAUGUAAGCACUGCGACUGGUUUCGUGUUGACACUGUUAGCCGCCUGUCUGGCUGUCGGAGUUGGAAUAAUAGUGCAUUUUACAACUUCCGGUAAUACUAUCGACUGCAAGUGCUCUUACCCGCCAAAUUCUGGAGGAAACAGUGACGGUCAGGUCGGGGGAACUACACCCUCCCCACAAAAACCUAUUCUUGAUCAAUGUAAGGAUCUUAUAAAUUCAGGAAGCCAGGAGCUAUGUAACCUAUGCGCUGGACCGUCUUCACCUAGUCCCUCCAGUUCACUGCUAGCGACAACAACCGUAGCCCAACAGACGACCACACCAGGAAGUACUAGAAAUGUUCGGCUGCCACUUAACUUGUAUCCAACAUUAUACGAUGUCGAACUUCAACCCUACAUGUACGAAGGAGAUGCCAAAGACUUUUAUUUCACAGGAAAAGUUACGAUUGAGAUGCAGUGCGUUAAAUCGACCAAUGAAAUCGUUCUACAUAGCAAUAAGCUCAACAUUACGGAACAAACUAUUAAGGUUAUGCAAAUGGGAAGCAGUAGUCAAAUAUCUCAUUCCGUAGAAUUUGACAAAGUUAAUCAGUUUUUGAUACUGAAAUCUAAUACUCAGUUUAUGAUGGGGUCUAACUACUCGGUGUAUAUUGAGUUUCGUGGACCUUUGACUGGUGAUCUAGCAGGACUUUAUUUGAGUUCUUAUAAACGUGGCAACAAUACAAUAUAUAUUACCACGUCCCAGAUGCAGCCAACAGACGCAAGGAAAACAUUUCCAUGUUUUGAUGAGCCGGCCGUCAAAGCGAAAUUUAAAAUUACACUUGUUAGAAAACAACACAUGGUUUCACUGUCAAACACACCCAUUACUAAUAAUAUGACGAGGGCAAAUGGCUGGAUUGCUGAUAACUAUGCAGUUACACCAAAGAUGUCAACCUAUUUAUUGGCUUUUAUAAUCUGUGAUUUUGAAUACACAGUAAACACAACUAAAAAUAACGUAGAGUAUCGAGCCUGGGCACGUCCAGAAGCGGUUGAUCAAACACCGUACUCCUUAGAUGUCGGAGUAAAAGUCCUGACAUAUUUUGAAGAAUAUUUUAAUAUUUCAUUCCCUCUACCAAAGUCAGACAUGAUAGCUGUACCAGAUUUUGCUGCCGGUGCUAUGGAGAAUUGGGGACUUAUCACCUACAGAGAAACGGCCAUGUUGUAUGACCCAAUGGAGUCAGCAGAGACAAACAAACAGAGAGUAGCUGUAGUCGUUUCGCAUGAAUUGGCACAUCAAUGGUUUGGAAACUUAGUGACGCCAUCUUGGUGGGAUGAUUUAUGGCUGAAUGAAGGAUUUGCAAGCUUUGUAGAAUACAUGGGAGUCGACCACGUUCACCCAGACUGGCUGAUGUUUGAACAAAUUGUGGUUGAAGAUUUACAAGACGUUUUUAACUUUGAUGGUCUGGUUACCUCGCACCCUGUUUAUGUACCAGUGUCUCAUCCAAGUCAAAUUAAUGAAAUAUUUGAUCGAAUUUCAUACGGAAAGGGAGCUACUAUUAUAAGAAUGAUGAGGUUCUUUCUAGGAGAAGAAACAUUUCAAAAGGGACUUCAAAGAUAUCUUAAAGAACAAGCAUACGGAGCUGCCUUUCAUGACGAUUUAUGGAAAGCUUUGUCAGAGCAAAGCAAUAUAGAUGGUAGUGCUCAUGAUGUCAAACACAUCAUGGAUACUUGGACCCUGCAGAUGAAUUUCCCAACUGUGUUCAUAGAAAGAACAGGACAAAAUUUAAGACUUAGCCAGUCAAGAUACUUACUUGAUAAAAAUGCCACAGAUCCAGGAACAUAUACUUCACCGUUUGGAUAUAAAUGGGAAAUUCCAGUGACAUUCACCACUCAAUCAAUUUCUAAUUUCAACCAAACAGACAAUGAUAUCAUUUGGAUGAUGAGAGAUGGAACCGAUGUUGUUAUUAGUGAUGCAAUGUCCGGUGGAUCAAUGGAUAGCUGGUAUAUAGGGAACGUUAUGCAGUAUGGUUACUAUAGGGUUAAUUAUCCAGAGAGCAAUUGGCAGAAACUGAUUCAGCAACUGAAGACUGAUCUGACGAAAAUUCAUCCAAUAAAUAGAGCUCAAAUAAUAAACGAUGCUUGGAACUUAGCAAAAUCCGGCGACCUUAAGAUGAGCAUAGCCCUUCAAACAGUUGAAUACAUGUCGACAGAGGACAACUUUUUACCGUAUUCAGCAGCUUCAGGCGAACUUCUUUAUGUUGAAGACAUGCUCGAAAGAACGGCAUUGUUUGGAGCCUUCUCUAAAUUCAUGAAAGCAACGUUCACAAUUCCCUUCAAUAAGUUUGGGAUGGACAACUCGGGAUCGGCUCAUUUAGAAACAUAUGUAAGAAGGAUUGUUGUUGCUCUAGCAUGUAAAUAUGGUAACACAGAUUGUAUAGGAAAUGCAACAAAAUUAUAUAGGGAGCUUAUGGACACGACCGACGGACCUAACCCAAUCGAUGUUAAUCUGCGAUCCACUGUGUACUGCACAGCCAUACGUUACGGAGGUGUAGAAGAAUGGGACUUUGCAUAUAAAAAAUAUAAGACAUCGAAUGUUGCCACUGAGAAAGCUGUUUUGUUAUUGUCGAUGUCCUGCAGCCGGGAUGUUUGGGUUUUGAGCAGAUAUCUCAAAUAUACAUUGAUACCCGAGGAAAUUCGGAAACAGGAUGCAGUUAGUACUAUAGUUUAUAUAUCUAGAAAUACCAUUGGUAGAUCUUUAGUAUGGGAUUUUGUUCGAGGAAACUGGGAUUUUAUUUUCAAUGAAUAUGGUGGUGGUGCGUUUUCCUUUUCGCGUCUUAUAACUGGUAUUACAGCUAACUUCAACACCGAAUUCGACCUAAAAUCGGUCAACACUUUUAAAGAUAGUAUUUCAAAUCUUGGAUCAGGAGCAAGAGCUUUUCAACAGUCUAUUGAGAAAAUAAACCUGAAUAUAAAAUGGAUGUCUACAAACUCUAAGAUAGUACAAGACUGGUUAGAGACACUUACAUAGAGAAAACUGAUAGAUGUUAGAAAGUGGAUCAGUUAGAAACUUGGACUCAGAGGGAGAAAUAAUGUAUUUUAUCACGUUACUUAGUGAUAACAUUUAUAAAACAAUCAUAAAUGAAUUACAUGUACAUGCAAUAUAAAUUUGACAUUUCUUUUUCCAGCGACAGAUGUAUAUGAUUUUAAGUAUUAUUUUUUAUAAUACUAUAUAUUGUGACCUCAUUAUAAUGCUGUACGCAUUAUCAUUUGUUCUAAUUUUUUGUAUAAAUUAUCCGUAUUACUCUGAACAGAAUGAGGUUAAGGUUUAUUGUAAUUCAUGUAAGAAUUCUUCCCUAAUUAUAUGGAAACAUAUCCCUUUCACAACCCAUUGUAUUAAACAAUUUAAUCAACUUGUGGUUGCCAGUGAUCUCAGAAGAUGAUUGGCAGCGUCAAAGUGUGAUAACCUUUCUCAGCUCACUAAAAUGAUCAAAAUGUUCUAACAGGUGUUAAUGACAUUGACAACUUCAUGGAAAGUGGAAGGCACUCGAGGGGGAUUUGGUUUAGGAAAGAAGGAAAUUUAUCUUCAUAUCAUUAGAGAAACAGAUUAUCACAUAGGAUUUAUCCAAUCUCGAUAGUUAAAUUGUCGAAGCUCGGACUUCAAAAAUGAUAAUUUAACUCUGAUCUCGAUUGGAUAAUUCCGAAAAUCCAAUCUAUAUUAAAACUUGUUUGGUGAAUAGAUAGUACGGUUCUAGUACCAAACUACUGAUAUAUUAUUCAAAAACCUUAUAAACCUUAUAAACAUUAUAAUUUGUACACAACAUAUAUAAGAAAUAUCCAUCAUGUUUUUUGAUCCCAUUAUAUGAUAGUAUAUUGUUUGUUUCAAAGCAUUUAAAAUUGUCUCAUGUGAAAUUAUUUGAAGAUGAAAAGACCAUUGUUUACUUUCAAAGUUAUAUAUAUAUAGAGAGAGAUACACUUUGGUUGUGAUAUUUAUAUACUUUGAGCUAAAUGUAAAUAAUUUGCUUUCAUUGGUAUAUAUUUGACUGAAGAAUAAUAAGAGGUUUGGGCGGUUAUAAUUAUUGCAAAUUGCAUUUGUCACAUAAACUUAUCAAGUAUAUAUUCAAGAAAAAUCUCUCAUCAUUUUUCUUUUUAUAAUUAUGAUCUAUAUCGAAUAUUAUGCGUUUAUUUACAUCGACAAAACGACAUACAAGCCGUUUAAAUGAAUUAUUUAACGUUCCUUAUUGGAAUAUUAGCGCCAUUAUACAACCACGUCGUUUUGAAUUGAUGAUAUUUACUUUAAUUUAUUUAAACAUAAUGUUUUGUACAUGUUUUUAGUGCUUUUCAUUCACUAAUGUUGCAAUUGCACGAAUACUGUUCAAAAUUAAAUUAUCCUGUUGAACUAGACUUGCAAUUACGUAGCAUAAUCAAUCAACUUUAAACUACGAUUUAUGUUAAGUAAAAGCAAUCAGCACUUUGAGGAUAUAGCUAUAACCUACAUUAUAAUCAAACCAGAAAUAUGCAAGUAUCAAUCUCUGUUAAAAUAUAAGACUUAGAAUGAAUGUGUUAUCGGUAUAAUAAGUAAGUUUUUAUGAUUGAAAUUAAUUAUCUUAAUCAAAUCUUAAAAAUAAAGUAAAUAUAUUAGUAUUUUAUUUUAUUGUUCAUUUAUUUGAAAUAUUUAAGCAAUUUGUGUAUUUUUAUUGUAUAAAAUCUUUUUAUAUCCAAAUUCUAACUGUUGAUGUUUGUAAUAAUCAUGAUACAAUAAACAAAAAUACAUUUUUAUUUAUU